UGUACAGCUAGACAAAUCCUAGCCGAGAGCCGCGAUGCGGUCCUAUACAGUCAAGACAUGACCCUGCAUCGCAUCGCGGCUCUCGGCUAUAGUUGCCCCAACACAUGCAAACAUUAAAGCUGGUGUUACGAUGUCCAGCUAUGACAGAGGGAACAGAUCACUUCCGACUCAGCUUCAAGUAUUUCAAGGCAAGGAAUCCUCCUCCACAAUAUACCAGUGUGAUUGACUUCAAGAAGUUAACAAAUGAAAACAGCUUGAACUCACCAAACUCAAGCAGUGCAGAGGUGUCUAAAGUUGCACUUCACAGACCAGCUACCCCUCUUCCACUUGGACUGAAACCAGUGACAAACUGGCAGGCCUUCACAAUCAACAAGCACCCAGGUUUUGUGGUAAUUCUAAACCCGUUUGAAGUUGGGUUUCAACGCUACUGGAUCAAGCGAUGUUUACAGGACUACCACCUGCCUCCUAAUGUCACCAACCUAGACCCCCAUGUGGAGCCAAGUCAAACUGCCAAAAUAUUUGAUGAUUUUGCCAAGCAAGACAGCCAGGAGUUGCAGAAGAAUGAUUUAUUGAUGAAACUGAGAUGGGUCACUUUGGGCUAUCACUAUGACUGGACUGCCAAGAAGUACUACGCUGACCAGCACAGUGAGUUCCCUGCUGACCUGGGUGUCCUGUCCUCCUGUAUAGCUGAGGCACUGGGCUACAAAGACUUCAGCCCAGAGGCUGCCAUUGUCAACUAUUACCACAUGGACUCAACCCUAGCUGGACACACAGAUCUGGAGUUGGACCAAGAGGCUCCACUCUUGUCUGUCAGCUUUGGUCAAGAUGCUGUGUUUCUCCUGGGAGGAAAGACAAAGGCCACACCACCAUCAGCUAUGUACUUGCGUAGUGGUGACAUCUGUGUGAUGGGCGGCGAGUCCAGGAUGGCGUAUCAUGCAGUUCCUCGGAUACUUGCAUCCACAAACCCUUCGUACCUGGACUGGAACAACCAGACUGAGGAAACUCUUUCAAAAACUGAUGUUGAUGACAUGAACAGAGCUUCAUCAAGUGACAUGGACACUUCUAUCAGUCAGGAGAUGACAAGAAUGAAUUGGAAACCAUUAAAAGUUUUUCUUAAGACUUCUCGUAUCAAUGUUAAUGUACGCCAGGUGUUGAAGCCAGGCCAGACAUUUCCGGAAGAGGAUGGAAAGGUGGUAGUGUCUGAUGGUUCAGACCAGGAUAUGCCAGUUACAAAAAAGUUUAAGUCAACUGAUUCAUGACAAAGGCUUUUGAUAUGUCAGUAUAAUUGCUUCAUAUUUUUCCAUCUGUAUUAAUACAUCUGUAGGGUGACAAGUGGUUGUUAGCCAAGUGAUUUAUGACUAAGGCUUUUGAUAUGUUUUUAUUUUGAUAUUUUUCUGUCCAUAUUGAUGUAUCUAUAGGGUGGCAAAUGAUUGUUAGCUUUAAAUGACAGCAUGAUAUAUUCACUAGGGGUGGACGAUAAUACGGUUAUCUGGUAUAUUGCAAUUUGAACUUCACAAAUUGACAAUACGAUAUAUUGCGGUACACUUUUCGCGAACCAGUUCACCUGAUACGAUCGGCAAUUUCUGUGACCAUGAUUGGUAAUUUUCGUGAUUAAGUAAAAAAUACGAUUAACAUUUGUAUAUCCUUUAUAUUAUUAUACAUUUAUAGUUUUGAGAAUAGUUUAUUGGUCAUAUAGUUGCAUUUGCGUGACUUUUAAACCAUAUAGAUGAACAAAAUAGUAGAUUGGUAUCGGCACUCGUUGUAGGGAUAAACAAUUUGGAGUCAUUUUCAAUCGAUCUCUUGUACAAUCACAUCCUGACAGUGGCAUGUGGCAUUGUUUCAAAAGAAAGGAAACAGUAAUUCCAUUGCCUUAAACCAUGUGUUACACUUUCACAAUAUAUUGCAAUACAUAUUUCAUUACGCCAACACAUAUCAGGAUAUAUCGCUAUAAUUAAACCUAAUAUUAACUUUCUUCACUUACAGCGUUGGCUACUUCUUGAUAAAUACACUGUAAAAGUCAGGGAAAGACUGUCAUUCUCCAUCCUUAUAAGUGAGUCGUUUUAGGAUGGAAAAACAACACAUGAUAGUUCCAAAUUGUCUAGUUGUGACUCCUACAAUACUUUGCUUGCCAGUAAGUGUUGAACAGGAAACACCACUUAGCUAAUGAUGUCAAUCACUGGACGUGACCAUCACCAUACUUUUUGCUGCAUCAAUUACUUCCUUGCUAACAAAGAAUGUUUUUUGUGUGCUCCAUAGGGAGAUAACUAUUCUGUGUUGUAAGUGCAGCACUGUGACAUAGAGAGGAAACAGCUCUACAUUGAACAUACAUUGUGUUUAUCUCCCAGCUAAUCACUGGCUAAAUAACCGGUGACUAACAGAGUUAUUAUCCAGUUUGUACCUGAGCCAUACAAACAGAAAGAAUCGGACAAUAUGCUUGGAUUGAGGAUCGUAUUCUUUGUCAUGUGUACAAUGAUAGAUUAUAUAUCAUCAAAGAUUCUAUUUUAGACAACAUAAAGUCCCUUUCCUUCCAGACACUGAUGGUGAUUUUAACUUCAUUCAUUCCUUCUUCCACAGGUAGUGGGCAGGGGUUUCAUUUCUUAUGCUUAUGUAAAGCGAUAUCCACAUGUGACCCAAAUUCCUAUCCCUGGUACAUGUCAAUGAUCCAAGGAUGUUCAAGCUCAGAAUACAAAUUUCAGACUACCAGAAAACCUUUUUCUGCUGGUACAUUGCAUAUCAGCACCAGGUGAGUUUCUACAGAGAACAGCAUACAUGUAUUUAGGUGUUUGUUUCACCACAGGAAUGUGUACAGGAGUUGAUUAUGUUUUUAUAAUAAAAUAAUGAUUGAUAUUA